UUGUUCAGGUUGAUACCGUGACCCCAUACCCCAUAUUAUUUGCUGCCCACAGGCUAUCGUUGCGCUUGGGUUACUGUUUCGAGGAUCUAGAAAUACGCUCUAGGAGCUAUACUUCAUAGAAUCAAAAUUCUAGCCUCCUCUCAACUUAAAUUUACGUCACGCUCGCUCCAAACCACUCGACAAUGCUAAGGCAGAAACAUACCGAGAAUAGUACCCAAAGUGGAACCAUGUCCGUGUCUGAUAUCACUGAUGACAAGGCUAUACACUCGACGUCCUCGUUUAUACACAGAUCUCUUGGCCAGAAUGCGUUGCCCAAACAGUCCGUGACGUUGGCUUGGAACGAAAUACCGUACUGGCAGAGAGACAACGAAUAUAUCUUGACUGGAUAUCGACGCGUGCAAAACGGAUGGAUUGGAUGCCUUAGGUCGGUCUUUGGUUGUGAGGGUGUUUAUAUUUAUCUUUCGAAGUUCGAAGUCGUAACGUCCCUCUACACAGAUUUGCACAAUGAAACAGUCAACAUACACAGUCACCUGGGCGGUGCUGUUCUCUUUGUUUUCUUCCUGUUUACCUUCCCAUCCAGCCAUGUAGUAACGGGCGCUUCCACAACCUGGCUUGAUACCUGCGUUUUCGUUAUAUUCCUGCUGUCGGCAGUGUUUUGCCUGACGGCUAGCGCCAUAUUCCAUACGGCUACUUGCCAUUCAGAAAAGGUUACUGCUCGCUGUCAUGCGUUUGAUUAUUCUGGAAUUGUCGUCCUCACUGUCGGGUCCUUCGUUCCAUGCCUGUACUAUGGGUUUUACUGUGAGCCCUUCUUCCAAGUGUUAUACAUCCUCUUCAUAGCCAUGGCUGGGGCAGGAGCAGGUUACAUUGUCUUGAACCCCGAGUACGCAAAGCCUUCCCAUCGGGGUGCUCGGACCAGGGUGUUCAUAGGCCUUGGAUUGUCUGCUGUUGUACCCGUGUCACAGUUGCUUAUGUCCCACGGCUUUUUCAAGUUAGUCUCAGAAAUGGGUUUCGGAUGGCUAUUAACAUCUGGCGGCUUGUACAUCGCUGGCGCGUUGACUUAUGCGAAUCGCAUCCCGGAACGUUUGGCACCGGGCAAGUUCGACUAUUUUUUGGCUUCGCACCAAAUAUUUCAUUUUAGCGUUGUACUAGCGGCGCUGUCGCAUUAUGCAUGUAUUUUGACCGCCUUCGAUCACUGGCAUUCAGGCGUAGGCUCUUGUAUCCCGUGAGUGGGGUCCUAUUCCCGUUGGCGGAACAGGUUCAAUGUGCGUGUAUCUAGGCGCGAGGAGUAUGAUAACGAUAUGCUACCACAUCACCGAGUGUCCUGCACUGGCCAAUAACUUGACUCUGAAUUAUCCAUGCAACGUUUUAGGGAGUUUCCGGAAAGACCACGGGCAGCAUGCAGACACCGUGCCUUGAGGAUAUUCUUAGAUCUUCGAGUGGUCAAUACAAUCUUUUUCGACGUUCCAUUCAGCUGUCAUCUAUAUGAGCG